AUGGCAACCAACCCGUUCUACGCGUCAGCUGACCGCAGCCCGGACGAGGGACACGGCGGUGCCGAGCUGGACAUCGAUGCCUGUCCGAUCUGCCCGGUGACCGGCGCCGAGCUGGAGGCCGAUGCCGAGGAGAUCUCGCGGGCCGAGACGGUGACCGAAGGCCUCCGCAAGGCACCGUGGCCGCCGUCGCCCGACGAUGAGGGCCCGUUCCUCACCGAUACAGACGAGGCGCCUGCCGGGCUCUCCAACGUCGCUGUGGCGUCGACCAUCCCGCGCGGCGACGGCGACGACGAUCCGACGUGGACCUUCCCCUCGCCGGCACGGUUCUACAAUGCCAUGCGCCGCAAAGGCUGGGAGCCGUCCGAGGAUGACAUGGCUGCGGUUGUCUCCAUCCACAACUCGAUGAACGAGCUGACCUGGAGGCGGGUACUCGAGUACGAGCGCCUGCACGUGGCCGAGUGCUGCGAGCCCAAGCUCAAACGGUUCUUCCGGGUCUUUGGCUCGGACGACGACUGGUCGCCUAAAGCCCGUCUCAACGCCCUCAUUGGCUACAAGAAGCCCUUUGACCGCCAUGACUGGAUCGUCGACCGCUGCGGAACCGAGGUCCGCUACAUCAUCGACUUUUACCCCGGCCGUCCGCUGCCCGGCACCAAUCUCCCGGCCAUCUACCUCGACGUCCGGCCUGCCCUUGACACCCCCUCGGCCCUCUUUGACCGUCUCCGCAUGAUGGCGUUCUCGUUCUUCCCCUCUCUUGCUCCAGACGCCACCCCGAGCUCAGGCCCAAGUCCCACGCCGUGA